AUGGGCUAUUUAGACAAGCUGCUUGAGAAGUCUCAACAUCUUAUAAAUGAAAAGUUCCCAACAGAAACAUCUGUGAUUAUGCUCAUCGAUAAUAUAAAUUUGUAUCGAGGAAGAAGAAGACAUGAAAGGCUGGUUAGGUUACUAGGACCUAAGCUGUGGAACUUUUCAGUGAGAGCAGCAUUGCGUCCAAGCAUUCAUGGCAUUGAACAUCACUUUCAAGAUCCCAAUAGCUAUGCUAAACCACAAAUAUUGAUUACAGAUCUUGAAGCAAGUGAUAUUUUACUUGGUAUGUUGUACAUUUAACAUAUAUGAUUUAAUUAACCCAUUGAGUGGCAGCAAUCUUCACCUGAUGAGUAUUAAUAGUGGUAGCAAUCUUCACCUGAUUAUUAGACAGAGUAAAAUAAUAAGGUCAAUGUACAUUCUUGCAUUGUUGUUACCGAAAGAACGUAUUAGAGUAAUUUAUUCCGAGCAUUUUGUGUUUUAUUGUACGAGCAUCGUUUGAAUCAACAGUGUAUUACCGUAUGACUAUGUACAUCCUGUGCAAUACAGAAUAGCUUAUACCCCAAAGUCUUCACUGCCAUCUGUUUCACCUUGAAGAUCAUAAUUACAUUGAAACAGGUGGAGAUGAUCUCCCAUGUAUUAGCUAAGUUAUAAUUUAAUGGAAAAUAUACGGUCUCAGGCACCGUCCUAUAUAUACUAUCUCGUGCACCGUUCAAUAACCUCUACAAAUAUAUCAGCAAAGCUACAAUGUUUUCAUUUUUGAUUAGGUGGAGAUGCAAAGCAUGAAGAGUUGUGGGGUGAAAUUAAAGAUCGGUAUUUCCUGAAGCUUCUGGACGUUGGCCUAAACAAAAUACCAUCCUGUUCAAAGCCAAUUGAUGAAUUAAGUGAUAAAAAAUGUGAUGCUUGGAUCAAAGAAUCCUUGUUAACUACAAAUGAUGAAGCAUGUGGAGAAGCAUCUUAUCAGAUUGAUAUUCCUCAAUUGGAAAGAGAAUUUCCGUUGAUGGGGAAAAGUGAAUAUUUAAUAUUACCCUUGUCCUUGGAAAAUAAUUCCACACUCACAGGCACGGCUUCAAUAUUGGAACAGUUUAGCAGGGAAUUUAAAAUUCCAUGUAAACAUGCAAGUAGACACUUUGUUUUUGACGAAACUAAUAAGUGUUAUGAACUUACUUCUGCUAGAAAACAUCAUGAAUUUAUGAUCAUGCUGUUUAAUCAUCGAAAGAAUUCCCUUGUCAUAGACGAACAGAUACGGUCUACUGAGAAAACCAUUGUCGAUGAAUCCAACGAAAGUAGGGGAGAUGAGGAUGGAGAAACUAAUGAAAUACCUGCAGAAACCAUCGAAAGCACAACUCGCUUUUCCCAACAGCAAGAUGGAAAGUUGAUCAAAUUGUACAAUCGCAUAAAUAACAACAUGAUCACUGCAAUGCAAUCAAGAGAUAACGAGCAAUUAAAUAAACUUGUUAAAAAGUUGCAAGAUACAAAAGAGGAGUGGGAGAAUGUUGCAGAUUAUCUCGGUCGUAACAUAUUACAUUAUGCGGUGGAAUAUAAUAAUAUCCCCUUAGUCAAAACACUGAUUUCCUGUGGAUUAAACAUCAACAUCCAAGAAGGUUGUGGCGCCACGCCACUUUCUAUUGCAGUUUUAAACCGUUACAAUGUCAUGUGCGAAUUACUUGUUCAAAAUUUUGCUUCCUUUUCUGGACCGUUGUAUGCCAGUAUGCCGUCUCCUAUGGACAUGGCAGAGAAUAUGGAAUUGACAGAUAUUCUCGAAUUGUUUCAAUAUCAGGAAAAGGAAGAUUAUGAUAUUGACAAGAUAAUCAACGAUGGAAGCAAUUACUGCUCUGAUGUUUCAAUGGAAACAUCGAGUAAUGAUGGAGAUGGUGAUGACACGGUUGGUGUUGUAUUUGACCGCAGUGUGAAUGUACAAUGUCCAACUGCGAUUGUAGGAGAUCAAGGAACUUGUAAGAUCCUUAGGUCAGCAAAACACCGUUCACAAGAGGCAUUCAAAUGGGUAGCAGAAGUACCUGGUGAUCUGCACACGAAAGGUUACCUUUGUGAAGCAGCAUACAAGGCUCAUACAAGGCCAAAAGUCAUUGAUGAAGCUUUUCGGGCAGGAAAAUUUCCACGAUGGCCGGUUGCUAUGCAGUUUGCUCCCGGAGUCAAAUUGCCAGCGUAUAUUGGUUUCCGGUUUCCCAGCUGUAAAUUAUGGCGCGGUUCAAAUACUGCGUCUUUGGCGCUCCUGUUUGCGUUUAUUUUUCAACAUUUUAAAAUGAUACUUGCUCAAUCUGUACUACAUCGAACCGUCUAUUAG